GUCCUGCAGCUAAAAUCGCAACUCGCGCUGGGGGCUUCGCCUGAUUUUAUUUUAUCCCAACCCCAACCCCACCCCCUCCCCCUCCAAAGCAGUAAACCAUCGCAAUAUUAUUUUUAAUCUGUUUCUCUCUCUCUGUGUGUGUGUGUGUGUGUGUGUGUCUUUUACCUAUCUAUCUCACACCUCCCCGUCCCUGUUCGCUCACAGUCUUACCUCCAUCACAUAGACUGUGAGUGUAAGCAACAGCCACCUACAAAAAAAUACAGAGCGGCCACGAUGAAGCAGAGUGAGUGAGAGAGGGAGAGAGAGAGAGAGGGAGAGAGAGAGUAAGAGAGAAGCAACAAUCAGACCGGCUGCGCAGAGUCCAUGAAGCUCAGACUUAAAAGAGAGGGGAAAAGAUCGUUUUUUCACCGAUGAUUCUGCACUGUAACAGAUUGGAACUGGAGCAGUCCUAACCUCUUCAUUUUGCAAACAAAAAAUCGCCGAAGUGUGGCAAAGUCUUCCUAAAUCCUAAUAGAGAGGGAGAGAGAGAGAAAAUCCAACCAACCACCAGCAAAAAAAGACAACAAAAAAGGAUUCAAACUGGCUCUCUCCCCGUCUGCUCAGAACAGUCUGAUUGCUGCAAUCGCUGGCGUUUGUCCUGGCGUUUGGAGAAGUGGGCAUCUUCAUACCAACUGCAACAAAGCGAUGGCAUCCGAGUUGGCAAUCAGCAACGCCGACCUACCCAACAGUCCCCUUGCGAUGGAAUAUGUUAAUGACUUCGAUCUGAUGAAAUUCGAAGUCAAAAAGGAGCCGGUGGACUCGGAAGGCAAUCCGGGCAGUCACUGCAACCGCAUCGGGGGCUCGCUGUCUUCUACGCCAAUGAGCACCCCGUGCAGUUCGGUGCCUCCGUCUCCCAGCUUCAGCGCCCCGAGCCCCGGAGAGCAGAAGGCGGCGCAUCUGGAAGACUUUUACUGGAUGACCAACUACCAGCAGCUGAACCCGGACGCCCUGGGCUUUACGCCGGAGGAUGCGGUGGAGGCCCUGAUCAGCAGCGCCCAUCAGCAGAUGCAAGCCGGCUUCGAGAGUUACCGAAGCCAACAGCAACAGCAGCAACAGCAACAGCAGUAUGCCCCGGCGGCUGGAGCGGGCUUGGCCGGCGAUGAGAUGUCUCCAGCCGGCGCUGUGGUGGCUCAUCACCACCAUCAUCAUCACCACCACCACCACCAGGGGCACCAGCACCCAGCGGCAGGAGGAGGAGUGGGCACUGCCGUGGGCAAUGCCGGAGCGAGCACCGGAGGCAUGCACCCGCACCUGCGGGCCGGCGAUGACCGCUUCUCGGAUGACCAGCUGGUCACCAUGUCGGUGAGGGAGCUGAACCGGCAGCUCCGGGGCGUCAGCAAGGAGGAGGUGAUCCGGCUGAAGCAGAAGCGGCGGACCCUGAAGAACCGCGGCUACGCUCAGUCCUGCCGCUUCAAGCGGGUGCAGCAGAGGCACAUGCUGGAACGCGAGAAGUCGCAGCUCCAGCAGCAGGUCGAACACUUAAAACAGGAGAUCAGCAGGCUGGUGCGGGAGAGGGACGCCUACAAGGAGAAGUACGAGAAACUGGUGACCAGCGGCUUCAGAGAAACGGGAUCGUCCAGUGACAAUCCUUCAUCUCCGGAAUUCUUCAUAAAGGAAAUGUUUGCCCUCGAAUGCAGCAGGCCAAUCUGGCAUCCAUGCAGCACCACAACACAGCAGUGGACCCUGCUAGGACUAGAAGCAUUCCUGAGAAGGAAGUCAAUCUGGCGAACAGAUCAAGGCUUAACACAGCAAAUGAUGUCAACGCAGCAGCAAAGAAUGGACAAUACAAUCUGAAAGAGGGUAAACAAAUGCUCAGUUACAGAAAACAUGAUGCCGGAAUGCUGAUUGCUUAGAUCGAAACUUUCCCUGCGGCUUUAGCGUCCGCCAUAAAGCACAAAACCUCAGAGAGAACAUAAAAGAUGACGCUAUGAGAAAGCCAACCAUCACAGCAAGCGUUCUCAAGACUCCUGUGGCUAGUUUAUAGUUUCUUCCUCUUCUUCCUCCUUUGGUUUUUUUUAUAUAUAAAGCAGAGGAGAGCAAUGAACAAAUGAAGACGACUGCUCGUUCAGGUCUCUCUCACACACCGACACACAUAUAUACAUUUCUAUACAUAUAUA